AUGGAUCUGGCAGGCCAAAUCGAUGCCCGCAUCAGAGGGAGAGGACUCGCGCACCUCUUCAGUUUGGACCAUCGACUACUUCCUCACUUGUCGCUUCACCUACUGUCGUCUCCUGCUGGUGCUGGUUUCUUUUUUGUGGGUAAGAAGGACGGCUCGUUGCGCCCCUGCAUUGACUAUCGUAGACUAAAUGACAUUACAGUCAAGAAUCGCUAUCCUUUACCCCUCAUGUCAACAGCUUUUGAUUUGCUACAGGGGGCCCAGAUUUUCACUAAACUUGACUUGAGAAAUGCCUACCACCUUGUGAGGAUUAGGGAGGGAGAAGCCUUCAACACCCCAACAGGCCACUAUGAAUAUCUCGUGGUCCCUUUUGGAUUAACCAAUGCGCCAGCUGUUUUUCAGGCUUUGAUCAACGAUGUCUUGAGAGACUUCUUGAAUGUUUUUGUUUACCUUGAUGAUAUUUUGAUUUUUUCACGUACUCUUGCUGACCACAGGCUCCACGUCAGGCAGGUUCUCCAGCGGCUUCUGGAGAACAAACUGUUUGUUAAGGCAGAGAAGUGCGAAUUCAAUAAGGAUUCAGUCUCUUUUUUGGGCUACAUUAUCUCUCCCUCCCAGGUCCAGAUGAACCCCUCAAAACUGAAGGCAGUGGUUGACUGGAGAAACUAUGAUAUUGGAGAUCGGGAGCUGCUGGCAGUGAAACUGGCCCUGGAGGAAUGGAGGCAUUGGCUGGAGGGAGCUGAUCGUCCUUUCCUGGUAUGGACGGAUCACAAGAACCUGGAGUAUCUCCGAACAGCCAAGCGCCUCAAUGCUCGACAAGCCAGUCCAGUCACAGGUGCUGGAAUGGGGGCAUGGUUCCAGAAUUGCCUGCCAUCCUGGGACAGCUCGGACUCUGGCACUGGUCGGACAGAGCUUUUGGUGGCCAUCCAUGAGGAGGGACGUGGAUACCUGGAGGAGCGCGAAAACGCCAGUCUCGCGCAGGAGUUUGGAAGAGGAGGAGGUUGCAGUUCCCUCAGCCCAGGCUUUUGUGCACUGGUGCAAGAGGACAUGGUCAGGACCCAGCUCUUGCGCUCAGUCGAUGCCUUUAAGAAACAGGCAGACAGGCAUCGUUCUGCUGCUCCAAUGUACAGAGUGGGCCAGAGGGUGAUGCUGUCCACCCGCUACCUACCUCUCCAGUCCCCCUGCCACAAGUUGAAUCCCAGGAUUGUUGAUGGAGGUGAAGUCUUUACGGUGAGCAGACUCCUGAGGGUGCGUCGCCGAGGUAGAGGACUCCAGUACCUCGUUGACUGGGAGGGCUAUGGCCCAGAGGAGCGCAGCGGGGUCCCUGCCAGGUUCAUCAUGGACCGCACUCUGAUCCCGGAGUUCCACCAGCGCCAUCCGGAGGCCCUGGCUGGGACGCCUGGGCCCUCUCUCCCCCAGCAGUGA